AUGUCAAUUCUAGCCUUAUGUACGAGCGAUACUAGCCUUGACAUUCCAAAGUGUGUCAUGAUGGCUGUUGUUCAUGAUCUCGCCGAAGCUGUUGAGGGGAUGAGGAGUAUGCUUUCCGAUAUGCUGCAUGAUGGCCCUGGGGCAAUACGAAUCAAGGAGCUGUGGGAGGAAUACGAAACACAGACUACGCCCGAAUCAAGAUUCGUAAAAGAUUUAGACCGUCUGGAAAUGGCGCUUCAAGCCUCCGAGUACGAAAGAUGUUUUCCCGACGAACCCAAGAAACUUCAGGCCUUCUUUGAUAGCAGCGUUCCCAACAUCAAGCACCCAGAGGUUUCGCAAUGGGGGCAGGAUCUAGAAAACGAACGGGCUCAAGGUAGUAGAGCAGUUUGA